AUGACCUCGGAAGCCAAGAUGAGAUUCCUUCACACAAAGCUUUCUAAAGAAUGUGACCAAGUGAUUGCAGGUCUGUUCCCAGAUGACGAAGGAUAUGCCAAAGCCCUAAUGCUAUUACGGGAUAGAUAUGGUCAUCCAACUACGCUACAAGCAGCUCAUCUACAAGUAUUAAAAUCGCUACCUGCUGUCGUUCCUGGAGACCCGGACAGUUUAACAAUUAGUUUCCAGACCUUCGUUGAUCAAGCAAGAAGUCACCUUCUUGCUGUACUAAAACUAUAUAGUAUGGGAGAAUCUCCAUUUGUGUCGUCUCUUAUUUACGAACUGACUGAUAAGUUACCACAGGAGGAUGCAAAGGCCUGGCGGACAAAAGUUGGCGAAGGUCAAGUGAAGAUGACGCUAGAAGCAUUCAGCACAUGGUUGGGCGCAAGAGGAAGGUGUUAUUGGAUUGCAUUGCCCCCACAAAAUACUCGAAGAAAAGAAAAUCGGAACAACUGAAACCAUCCAAGAAGAUCUUUAUUUGGCCAGCAUGUUGCCAAAUGCGUAAAAUGUGAUGGCAAGCAUAGGACGGAGAACUGUACUAAGUUGAAGGAGUUGUCGACGGAAGACCGUUUCAACUUUGUGAAAAAGAAACGGCUCUGUUUUGGUUGCUUAGAAGAAUCUCUUAUUUCUCGAAAUUCUCCACAGAAAAAGGAAUGCGGCAUCGGGAACUACAAAAGGAAACAUAACCCGUUAUUACACCAAGAAGAAAAUGUGCGUUCAACCACCACCAAGACACCACAGUCCGGUGUAGCGUUUGGAGUUGUUGAAGUUUCCGUCGUUGGUGCUGGUGGCAUUAAAGUGAAAGGAAACGUUUUGUCUGAUGAUGGUUCUGACACUACUCUGGUAACAGAAUCUUUUGUGCGAAAGCUGGAAUUGCAGGAAAAGAAAACCACGCUCAACAUUUCGGAUGUUGGAGGAAACAAAGCAAAAGAACGUCUUCUCAAGUGAACCUCCACGUUAAAACACCACAAGGCAAUGCUGAAUAUGUUAAUCUCACAGCCUGGAGCCUUCCAAAGAUCUGUCAGCCAGUUGGAACUGUUCAAUGGCCUGAUAUCAAAAGAAAGUGGAAGCACCUGGAAAAUGUUAACCUGAAAGCUGUUGGUGGUGAAAUUGAUAUCCUUCUCGGUCUUGAUCAUGCAGAUUUGUUGGUACCGUUGGAUGUAAAGAUGGGCAAACCACAAGAACCCGUAGCCAAAAGGACAAGUUUUGGCUGGAGGGCGUUUGGGCUAGUUGGCAAGCCUCGUGGCGACAUCCACAGCUAUCACGUUGCCAGAGCUGAGCCAGAACAACUCGAUGCUGCCUUUAAGCAGUUUUGGGAUAGCGAGUCGUUUGGGACUAAGACAACGAACUUGCCACACUACUCCAAUGAUGAUCAACGAGCCUUGGAUAUACUGGAACACGAGACUAGGAAGUUGGAGACCGGUUACGAGGUCCCCUUGUUAUGGAAAGAAAACGAACCACAGCUUCAGAACAAUCGAGAAGUCGCCCAAACGAGAUUGGAAGGCUUGCAACGACGAUUUGAGCGAGACCCAGAGUAUGAGAAAGAUUAUCGCAAAGCUGUCAGCAGGUAUGUAGAAGACGGAUAUGCACACAAAGUGGGUGAAGAAGACGACCUCAAUGGACCAAAUCAGUGGUAUCUCCCUCAUCACGGAGUAUAUAAGAAAUCAUCCGCCGAGAAGAAGAAGAAGUCAUCGUCGAGAAGAAGAAGAAGAAGUCAUCCAAGAAGAAGAAGAAGAAUCAUCCGUCCGAGAAGAACAUCCGAGUAGUCUUUGAUGCCUGAGCUAAGUACAGAGGCAAAUGUUUGAACGAUGCUUUACUCCCAGGACCUGUUCUACAGAAUGAACUUCCACAAGUCCUCACAAAGUUCCGGAAAGGUGAUGUUGCAUUCGGAGCCGAUAUCGAGGCAAUGUUUAGCCGAGUAAGAUUGCAGGAACAAGAUGCUAGAUCACUGUAAUUUAUGUCACUCGCCGAACUGCUAAAGAUCAUGGACAAGGACAAGAAGAUGCUGUGAGAGCCAUUAACGAGAACUUGUACGUGGACGACUAUCUUGACUCUGCAGAGACUAAGGAACAAGCCGUCAAGAGAGGACAGCAAGUAAAGGAGAUCUUAGCGAAGGGUGAUUUACAUUUAAGGAAGUGGACGUCCAACAUCCUGGAAGUAGUAUCUGAGCUCGGACAGGAAACGAAACCUGAAGUUGACAUUGUGACCAACCUUGUCGAACAUGAACCAGAAAAGAAAAUUCUCGGUGUAAAAUGGAACACUGAAACUGACGAACUUACAUUUGCAGUUGCACCGGUUGAAGAUGUAAGAUACACCCGAAGAGGCCUCCUGAGCAAGUUGGCCGGUGUGAUCGACCCCCUUGGGUUAGCUACGCCAUUCAUUAUCAAAGCAAAGAUCCUAACACAGCAGUUGUGCCUACUAGGUGUCGAUUGGGAUGACCCCAUUCCUAAUUCCCACCUGACGAAGUGGAAAGCUUGGUUAAGAAGGCUGCCAGAGUUAGAGUUAGUAAGUGUACCACGAUGUAUUCAACCUAAGAAGAAAAACGUGAUCGAGUCAGAGAUUCAUACGUUCUUGAUGCCUCGGAGGAAGCUUUCGCGGCUUUGGUCUAUUUGA